GGUCAGCUACGCACCAUGGGGAACUGGUUUGUGUACCUUUUCUGUACACUACUGUGUGCUACUGGGAACUUUAACAGCUAUGGUCUCGUCCAAACAGAGGAAUACAAAGCUAAAUAUUUAACUUAUUUCACUACGACAGAGGACAGCAAUGAAAAGCAGCUGAUCAAUGAUUUACACCAGGUUUUGGAACGACUUCAGAACAAUCAAUACGCAGCUCUCCGAAAAAAGCACGGCUAUCUUCCUAUGUGUGAUCCAGGAGACCAGUGUGCACUAAGGAAAGGCUCUAGGAUCGGGAAACUGUGUGACUGCUCUCUACCAAGAACGUGCAAUUCUUUUCUACAUCGUUGUUUAUGA